CUACACGGUCACACUGCACCUGAAUUCGCCAAAAAAAAAAAAGAACCAACGAAACUAAAUUUUUGAUCAGGAUUGGCGCAUAGCAAAUAAAUUUGCAGUAAACUUCUCGAAAUUUUUUGUGAAAUUGCAUUUUAACGCCAUCCAUAAACGCAACUAUAUAGUUGCGUGACACAAACACACAGAAACACAAACAUAUUUUGUUGGUGAAAAAACAGGCGGCGGCAGCGGCAGCGAAGCGGCGGCGGCGACGCAACACACGCGACUUGCAAGCAGGCAAAACACGGCGAGGAGGACGACGACUAGACCAAGUGGCUUGGCCCAGUCUGAGUGUGAGUGUGUAUAUGCAUAUAUGUGCAGCUCGAGGAUAAAUUGAAACACAAUAACAACAAUGGAUGUAUACGACGUAAGCGACGAUCUGAUCAAAAAGCUCAACGACUGGAAACUGAUUGGCAUUAUAUCCGGCAAAUUCAAUGAGCUCAAAGAGAACCACUCGAAAGUGAACUUCGUGGAGCAUGCAUUGAUUGACUUCAAGUACAUGGAAAAAAUAUUCCUAAAUGUAACGUUGCGCGAAAGUAAAUGCAACAAGCGCAGUGUCGAAUUUCGCAUGCUUGGCAACGAGCAGUUCUCCCUAAAGAAUAGAAAAUACUUUCAGGCACUCGAAUUGUAUAACAAAAGCAUUUGCUAUGCGGAGCCCAACUCGGAGAAUUUGUCCAUUGGAUAUGCUAAUAGGUCGGCAGUAUUUUUCGAAUGGAAGCGCUAUCGUGAGUGCUUGGCCAACAUUGAGCUGGCGCGCAAGGCAAACUAUCCGGAACGACUGCGUCAUAAGCUGGACAAGCGAGAGCGCGACUGCCAGCAGUUGGUGCAGCAACAGCCGCCGGACAUUGUGCCGUACAAUUUUAAGAUGAGCUUCGAUGCACACCCGCAAGUGCCAUUCAUAGCCAACUGCUUGGAGAUGCGCGAGACCCCGGAUGAGGGCCGGUUUAUAGUGACCACACAAGAUUUGGUUGUCGGCGACAUCGUUGCCACUGAGGAGCCCUUCUGCUCAUCGCUACUGGCGCCCAUGCGAUACAUAAGAUGCUCCAACUGCAAAGAGGAGCGCUAUCUGACGCUCAUACCCUGCGAUAACUGCUGUUCCGUCAUGUUCUGCUCCGAGGAGUGCAAGAAGCGCGCCAAUAGCACUUUUCAUAAAUACGAGUGCCCCAUUAUCGACCUAUUGCAUCGCAUGUUCAACAAAAUCCAUUGCAUUGCAUUGCGCACUACGCUGAGCGCCUUGGAUCUCUACGGCAGCAUUGAAGAGCUGAUGGCGUUCUGCGAGCAGCCGCAGAAUCAGCACAAAUCCGUAUUCGAUCUGGACUAUACGCAGCUGACACCGCAGGAACAUUAUCGGGCCAUACACGGUCUGGUAACGAAUCAGCACUUACGGUCCGUUUCGGAUCUCUUUCAGCGGUCGGUUGUGUGCGCCGUCCUCAAGCACUUCAUCAUGGAAUACACGCCGCUCAAGGAGUAUCUCGGCGGCGAGGAGGGGCGCAACUUCUUUACGGAUCUACUUUUUAGACAUUUACAAACAUCACCAUCGAAUAUGCAUGGCAUUGAUCUUGUCGAACAGGCGAACGAGACCAAGGACGACCAGUCGCAUUCAUCCGGCGCCUAUGCGUUUCUCUCCCUGCUCAAUCACUCGUGUGCACCCAACACGCUGCGCAUCUACGAAGGCGUCAAGGCCUAUUUGUUUGUGCUGCGGCCCAUCAAAGCCGGCGGUGUGCUUUACGACAACUACGGCGCGCAUUUCGCAGUCUUCGGCAAGAAACAACGUCAGGAGACACUGUCCAUGCAGUAUCGCUUCAACUGCAAGUGCGAAGCUUGCGAAUUGGACUAUGCAAAGUACAGAAAUUUGCCGUUCAAGGCAUCGGUGCCGCUGGUCUCAAACGACACGGACUUAAAGCUGUUGGGCGCAUACAACUACGAAUUUGCAUUGAACAAUUAUCAGAAGUACUGUGAUUUUCUGACGCAAAACGCUGAUGCUUUUCCCUGCGCCCAGAUCAGCUCCGCCGAGGAGUGCCUCAAAAUGGCGUUGCAUAUCAUGGUGGAUGCGGUGCCCCUAAAGGCGAAAAUGUAAUGUGUCUGGGACACAAUGCACUGACUGCCUCGCAACCCGCCAUCCCACCAUCUCCACAAGACGAACUACUACAUUUAUAUUGAUAUAUGUCUAUUUAUAUAUUGAUAUAUAUCUGGACGAACAAGCAGUAAUUAUCCCUAACUAUAAUUUGUUGCCAUAAGUUUCCAACAUUUUUGGCAACUACGGCAAUUGUUGAUUUUAAUUGGCAUGCAAAACACACACAACACGAUUUUUAAAUAUUUAUAUAUCUACUUGUGAAUUUA